AUGCCGACUCAACCGCACAUUGUAACUUUAAAACCAAAGCGUUUAUUGUUAAAUCCAAAAUUUGAAGGUUACAAAUUAAAACUUUUUGAUGAACGAACUCGAUUACAACACUUUCCAUUACCGCCACCUGGUAUAUCAAUAUCGAGAUUCUCUAGCUCAAAAUUGUCAUAUAAAGAAAUCCAAAAUCGUAUUCAUUAUAAUCAUUUAUUUCUUGGAUAUGAGAUCAUUGAUAAAAAAAGUGUCUGUUUCUAUUUUGAUAAGGAAUUUUAUAUUUCAAUGGUUGAAUACGAUCAGACGUCAAAUUUCAUCACCAUACAUCGUCUCGUAAAUAUUCCGCAAUUUCUGAGUGAUCAAACGCAUACCGGGGCACACGAUAUCCCGACACCAAAUUUAGAAUAUCCAUCCUUAAAAGCUUUAUCGUCGACAUUGUUUCUAGUAACAAGCGGUUCUGGAAUUAUUGUCCUCGUAAAAAUAGUAAAUGAUGGCUCUAAUGGCUAUUAUGGCGAAGUUAUUCAUCAGACAAAUAUCAACGUUUGUUCAGAAGAUGAACCCAUGGAUAAGAAUAUGCACAAUUGCAUACCAUUUGUCAUUCUCGAUGGAAAAAUUAUAGGUGGUGAUAAUGCAUAUAUUUUAUUUUCAAUUUAUUACACAGUUCCAAGGCAAGAAAAUUCAACUACCGACAAUCUACCUAAGGAUAACUCAAGGAAAACUUUAUUUGAUGUUUCUUUACUGAAAAUGUCAUUAGAACAUCCAUAUUGUAUUCAGACACUACAUACCCUUCGUGGAGUCGAAACACCCCUUUAUUGUAAUAUUGACAUCCAUGGAGAUGGGUAUGUGAUAGGUAGUAACGUAGAAUACGACGUUAUUAAAAGGUCAUCUGAUCAAGAACUUAAAGUAGAUGAAUUAGACAAAUCAGAUAACGUAGUACGAUCAACACAGGACGUCGAAAUGAGAGAGACAAAAUCUGACAAUGAUGAUAAAGUAGUCCCAUACAUUUGGACGCAAACUUCAACUGAUCUUACAAUUUGCUUUCAAUUGCCACCUGGUACACCUAAAACAGCAGUCCAUUGCAAUUUUACCAAGACACAUCUUUCUCUCACUAUUGAUAUUGACUCUAAUACCAACAACUCAAAUUUAUUUCCACAGUCACCUAUACCUUGCUACGCUUUUACGCAUCUAUUUGAUCUAAUUGAUCCGAGUUCUUCUCUGUGGACAAUUGAGCCAAAAAUUGGAUUAUUGACACUUCACCUUGAAAAGCACCAUCAUAAUACACGUUGGUCACACGUUUUCCAACAAGAUGAUGGGGUUUUCGAAACAAUUGAUCCCAAUGAGUUUGCAGAGUUUCGGGAACGUUUAGAAAAAUAUACUGCAGAACUUAAUGAUUCUAAAGUCGGACAUCAAGGCAUAUUAGAUGCUUUGAAACAUCCCAUUGGCCACGAGAUGGAAGAGUCUAUCGAUUUCGGGAAUCAAGCAGCUACUUUUAUGUGGGUUGAUGUUGAUGGAAAAAUAAGAGCUAAAACUAGUGCUGGAGGGCAUGAAUUUAUUUCUCGACAAUUUGAAAAAUUUGACAAGCAAGAAUUAAUGAGUGAUGUCUCACAAAUGCCAUCUGUAUGUUUAAGAUUAGAUGUGGAUGGACUAGUGUAUACGAUUUUACAUCCGUCCAAGCUAUUGGAUCCUAAUUCGCUACCAUUAAUAAUGGAUCAUUCGACAACUUUCAAUGCAUUUGCUUUUGUUCAAGCAUCUAAACGAGAAAAAAAUUUCAUGUUUCAUGACCCUGAUAAUCGUUUCGUGAUGAUUCUAGAAGGAAAACAUCAUGCGUACGUAUAUUGGCGUAAUGAAGAUCGUACGAAGUAUGAUGAUCAAUUUGUAGUGGAUUUUUCGGAAAAAAUCAAAAAGGAUACGGAUAUAAUUGGAGUUCAAAUGGUAGCAAUUAAGGAAGCAGUGAUCAUGGUUCUUGUUCCCGAUUCAGUAAUUAUAAUAAAAUUGCUAUAA